AUGUCUUCCUUCUUCGCAAAGGCAUUGGCCCUCAGCGCUCUGGCUGCGCCGGCUUUUGCCGCUCCUAAUUCUAUGGUCAAGAAGUCGCAGAUCAUCAACACUUCUGCUAAACAAGCUGCUAUCGACCUCUGCGGUACAGCCGACAAUGUUGUCCUUUAUGACACUCCUUGGAUUGUGUACAACAUGUUUUAUGGCGCCGCUGGAUCAGUCGGUACUCAGUGCACGCGUUACGAUCGCGUCGAAGCCCCUGUCAAUAGUGACAAGAAGAUUGUCUGGAGCAGCGAGACGAACAUUGAAUAUGUCAAAGCAACGUUAGUUGUAUCCUUCCCAUCGACCAUUGUGAAGACAGCUAACGAUCUGAGCAGUGACAACGUGCCCAAGGGCUAUGCUUUCGUCGGUCUGACUCAAAACCUCGAGACCACCAUCUCUGGCAUCAACUCCAUCCCCACCACCUAUGAUUGGUCUCGAACCAACAGCACUGCCUUUAAGGGCAACGUCUGCUACGAUUUCAUGACCAGCAACACAAAGGGUGACUCAACGUCUUCGAGUGCCCAAGAGCUCAUGCUCUGGCUUCAAUACGAAGGCGGCCAACUCCCCAUCGGCUGGAGCGAUGGCGCAAAAGCCACCAUUGGGAACCUCUUCGGCACAUCUUGGAAGUUGUACGAGGGCAAGAAUGAUGACACUGGUAUCACGGUUCACACCAUGAUGCCUGAGAAGCAGUUCGAGGGUAGCUUCAUUGGUGACCUUAAGGAGUGGCUCGAGGCUCUUGUGCAGCAUGGUACUUUCAAAGAGUCUACCUAUGUCAAUGUUGGCAAUGCUGGUACUGAGUACUUCUAUGGCAACAGCAACCUGAACGCUACGCUGGGACUUCAGAUUGAUCUCAAAUGA